AAUUAUUUUGAUUUGUAAAAAAUAUAUCAGUUAUUUGGAGUUGAAUUAGAUCUUCCGUGAUUGAGAGAGUGAUUCAUUCAUAGUAUACACUCCCACUGCAAAAUCAAAGAAGAAGAAGGAUCUGUUUGGAUCCAACGAUGAAGAUUUGGGUUAUUUUUUGUCUUGUGUUAUUGAUCCACUCUUGCCGCGCCGCCGAACCAUUAACUGUGGAUGGAAAGGUGUUGAUACUCGACGAGUCCAAUUUCGAUUCCGCCAUUUCAUCCUUCGAUCACAUCUUGGUUGAUUUCUACGCUCCCUGGUGUGGCCACUGCAAGCGUCUCUCUCCCGAGUUAGAUGCAGCCGCACCUGUACUUGCAAAAUUGAAAGAACCCAUACUCAUAGCAAAAGUAGAUGCAGACAAGCAUGCUCGUCUUGCAAGAAAACAUGAUGUUGAUGCCUAUCCAACCAUUUUGCUGUUUAAUCACGGCGUCCCUACAGAAUACCGUGGACCCAGGAAAGCUGAUUUACUUGUUCGUUAUCUUAAGAAAUUUGCUGCUUCUGAUGUUUCUGUUCUCGACUCAGAUUCUGCUGUGAAUAGUUUUGUUGAAGAAGCUGGUACUUUUUUCCCAGUAUUUAUUGGUUUUGGGUUGGACAGUUCGGUUAUAGAAAAGUUAGGUGUAAAGUAUAAGAAAAACGCAUGGUUUUCUGUUGCAAAGGAUUUUUCAGAGGAUCUCAUGAUAACAUAUGACUUUGAUAAGAUUCCUGCAUUGGUUUCCAUUAAUCAACAGUACAAUGAGCGGAACACAUUUUAUGGCCCCUUUGAAGAUGAAUUUUUGGAAGACUUUGUAAAACAAAAUCUCAUUCCUUUGGUUGUGCCUGUAUCCUACGAGACACUAAAGUUGAUAAAAGCUGAUGGUAGGAAAAUAGUUUUGACUAUUGUGGAGGAUGAAAAUGAAGAAAGAUCAAAAGAACUGGUUAAGUUAUUGAGGGGUGCUGCAUCUGCAAAUCGUGACUUAAUAUUUGGUUAUGUUGGAGUUAAACAGCUCGAUGAAUUUGCUGAUAAAUUCGAUACCAGUUCUAAACUACCAAAAAUGGUCAUUUGGGAUAAAGAAGAUGAUUAUCUUUCUGUUGUUGGUUCCGAGAACAUCGAGGAAGAGGAUCAAGGAACUCAAAUCACUAAAUUUCUAGAAGGAUAUAGAGAAGGAAGAACCGUAAAGAAAAGACUUAGCGGGCCAACAUUGACGCAAUAUCUCCAAAGAUCUUUUGACAUUAGAAUGGUGUACAUAGUUGUUUUUAUGAUUGCAGUGCUAAUGCUUAUUCAAACCUUAGGUAAAGGAGGUGAUAGUGGUGAAUAUCAGAGAGUAGCAAACCAAGAUAAGGUUAAUCAACCAAGCAGCUCUACAACAGAAGGUGAAGAAAUCAAAGAGUAUAAAGAAGGUGACAAAGAAGACUAAGUUAAUUUUAACUUAUACAAUGAUUAUCACUGAAUUUAGCUGGCUUUAGAAUUACCAUGCCUUUUGGUAUGUGUAAAUAUUUUAAGAGUCUUUGUAUUUUUCAUAAAUUUUGAGUACUGUCCAAGCUAAACUGAAACUGUUAUUUGCACGUUUUCUCUUGUUAUUAUUUCAUGAAAUGAAAGUAUCUUCAAUUA